AAAAAAAAAAAAAAAAAAAAAAAAACAAGAAUCCUGUAGCAUAGGAGAUUAUCUUUCAGCACCUCGCCGUGCAACACCGCAGGUCUCGCUGGUCAGCACCGAGUCACGGGGGAUCGGUCAAAACCCGUCAAAAAGAACUUUGGGGAACCUGCCGUCAGAGACGGUCAGGGAGUUUCCCGCCAAGUCAUCCAGAUCUCACUCCUCUCUAUCUAAUCCUCUAUUCUAGUUCAGUAGCUGUUCAGCGCAAUGGACUACUCCAACUACGCCCCUCAUUCAUCCCAGCCCUACUCAAACCUGUACGGGCUACCCACUCCCGACCAACAGCCCCGGGGUCCCUCUGAAGAUGCCCUCCACGACCCAUUUGCCCUGAACGGCGCUUAUAACCAGUAUUAUCCGGGGUUCGACCCCUCCUUCCGCCUCGACCCCUCCUCGUCUUUCGGUCCGCCACCGCAUUCGCCCCCGGACUCGUUCACGAAGCACUCGGUAUCGAGCAAUGAUGUGCAUAAUAGCACCAAGCUAGAGCCCACUUCAAUUGAUGGCGAUGAUGGUCAAUACCGCGAUCCGACCGGACGGAGUAGCAGCGAAGAGAAGGACUCGGCGACACCAGCGCAAAGUAAGCGCAAGGCCCAAAAUCGGGCAGCCCAACGAGCGUUCCGCGAGCGAAAGGAGCGCCAUGUCAAGGAUCUCGAAGACAAAGUUAACACUCUCGAACAAUCAUCAUCUACCCUGCAAGCCGAUAAUGAGCGCCUGAAGCGUGAACUCGCCAAAUACGCAACCGAGAACGAGAUUCUUCGCGCAACUUCACACUCCCUGAAUGGCGGCAAUGGCAUCGCAAAAGCACAACCUGCACCAACAGUCACAGGGCCAAUGACGUACUCCCCAACAGACUUCUACUCAACCUUGAUGCCCGAAGCUGCCGGUCCUACGGGCCCAACUCCACAGGGUCAACAUCGUGUCACGGUGUGCCCCAUUACCGGCGAAAGGCUUCUUGAUGCGAGCGCCACGUGGGACCUUAUUCAAAGUCAUGAGCUGUUCAAGCGUGGACAGGUCAAUAUUGGCGACGUAGCUGAGCGGCUGAAGGGAUUGGCGCAGUGUAAUGGACAGGGUCCUGCUUUCAAGGAGGGUCAGAUCUUGAAGGCUAUUGAGGAGAGCGUAGAUGAUCGUGAUGAGCUGAUCUGAGCCGUUCUUGAUCCGAUGAUGAACACUCCUUUUCAUGGCUCUCUCCGAUUUGAUGAUUCAACGCUUCGUUAUCUUAUACCUCUUCUAUUUUUUGUUGCUUUUUCUUCUCGGUCGCUCCCGUUCCGUGGGAGUCAAGAUAUGAUGACGAUUUUGGAGUACUUUGGCGCUGGAGAUGGGAAUAGUGGAAUUGCAAAAGGUCGGACCCCAAAUAUAUGGUCUAUAGGACAAAUCUACUUUUCGAAUUAUGUAGGAAUUCCUCAAGUACG